UUGACAACUCUACAGAAGCAAAGAGCAAACGAAGAAGAACACGAUUAAACUUCACAGAGGAAGAAAUGGCGGGUUCUUCAAAAGAAGAGCAACUCGUUCGACACGUUUAUGCUGGAUUACAGGCUGCGUCCUGUCCCCUGGUGGAAGGUCUGUACCUGCAGGAAGCCAGCAGCAUGCUGCAGCUGCUGUGCGCUCCCUCUCAGCACCGCACCGACAUCCUGAAAUGGAUCUGCAGCAGUAUCAACCCAAACUUUGGCCACUCCAAGACGAUGGUGGUGAGAUCCAGCAGCCCAGAUGUUCUGACCAAAGAAAUAGCGGCGCUUGGGCAGGAGCUGAUGCUGUGCAGGGCCGAUGACCUGGACCUCAUCAGGGGCGAAGCGGGUUCCCACAGGCAGCUCCGGUUCCUGGAGCAGCUUUUAACUUUAGUACCCGGCUGUGAGAAGUCUGCUGGAGACGGACUGGAUACUGAGGUGCUGCUGAACGAGCUCUUCACGGCUGAGAAUCUGCCUCACCUCUCACGGAUGCUCAGACCCGCCCUGGACCCCUGGCCUGCAGACAUCAAGGCUUUAUUUGAGGGCGCCAAGUCCUCCCUGAAGCCGAAUGGGAAGGUGGCCUCUGACGUGAUCGCCCUGCUACAGCUGACUCGGUCGACCCUGGAGCAGCUGCAGUCACAGUGCGAGUUCCUGGGUGGCGAGGCUCAGUGCGCCGGCGUCUUCUCUCCCAGCUCGCUCCGAGUGGCGGCCUGCGACCUGCAGCUGCUCAUGGCCACUUUCAGUCACGCCUUUGAAAGCCACCUUAGGGCGUAUUGCAGCAGAGAGCCGCCCUGCUUCAGCGCCAAGGCCGACGUCUUCCAGAGGACACACCAGCUAGUGCUGGCCUUCAUCAAGGAGCUGGAAAUGCUGCAGAAAGUAUCGGAGGCUUCUGCAUCCCUGACGGAGGAAGUGAACCAUCUCCAAACGCAGCCGAGCUACCGGCGCCGAGGGGAGAGGCUCACGCUACGUGAGGCAACGUCCUCUCACAGUCGGGGCCAGAGGCUUUGGGACUUUGACACCGUUUGUCAAAUGGUUCCACACAGUCAAAGGAUUUGAACUGAAGCUGUCAAUAUUUGGCUGAUGUGUAGAAAGUUUUAGUUUUUAUUUAAUAGAUUAAAAAAAAACUUCUCUUUAGCAAUUCUAGCCAUCCCCGUUGUCAGUCUCAGGGGUAAUUGGACAAAUUGUGGAAGUUGUGCACAUUGUGGUGUCUGUGUCUGUAGGAACAGGAUUAAUAGAAUUAUUAAUAAUCACAAAGAUAAUUUACUAAAUAAAUAAAAACUGUGAACUUGUGUUCCUCACAUUGUUAAACCUCUGUCUGAUUAUUAAUCUAUAUGAGUGGUGGCUCAGGUGUAUUGUUAGUGAAUUAUAAAAGAAAGAAGGAAAGACUCAAAACAAAGACGAUCUUAGACACCGCAGCUGGAACUCUGCUGUCAAGGCCCCUUUGAGGACACUAAGCACCAACCGCCUCUCUCUCUACGUUUUUACAACGCAAGUCCUCAUGUCUACCGCUGUGUCUGUGUUAGGGUUGGUGAUGCCCACCACGGCCCCCCAGGGGUUGCGACCCACAGUUUGGAAAUCAGUGGCUAUAAACGCAACUUGGAACCUAAAUUCUGCUCUUUGAAUAGAUACAAGGUCCAAGUAACGGGACAGGUCUAACAGAAUGUUACGUAGCAGAUACCAUGGUUGUUUUGCAGCGUUUACUCUGCUCUGCUUUUUUUUACCAUGGAAACAAUUCUAAGAUCAUCCACUUCAUGUGUUAUGUGGUCUUGCCUUUUGGUGUUGCUGAGCUUGCUAGUACAUUCCUUCUUUUUAAGAACCGUAGUUAUCGACUUGACGCCUGUAGUCCGCAUGCCGAGGGCUCCAUGGAUCAGCUACAGUAGGCCAACUCAACAUUUGGAAUCCACUGCAGACCCUUUGUCUUCUUCAUUUGUCAUAGAAUGAAGAGGGAACAGUCCACACGUCUUGAGUCUGUGAAAUGGGGAAGACUGUAAAAUGGCUUUAAUUCCCUAACUGUUAAUGUGUUGGGUUUGUUUAUAUCCAUCCAAGUUUAUGCCAGAUGGCGCCAGGAUGGCCAUCUAUUUAUUUUCUUAAUGGUACACAAGCACGUCAUUAAUGCUUCUUCUUUCUGUUUUUCAGCGGAACAGUUGGAAGAACUCAGAAAGCGGAUUGGAGACGUACUUCCCCUGAUUCCUUCCUGAUGGCUCACCAGACCUAGCGAAUCAAUCAGGGUGUGUCUGGUGAAUCGAGCAAAGCAUAUAAAGAAGGAUGGUUCUAAUAAGACUCUAUUGUUUUUGCUAAAUGGAUUCGUAACCAUAAACCACUCUUAAGUAGCAGACACUGCUGUUUAGGUUUUGUCUCUUUGGGAAAUGUGAUCCCAUUCCACUGAUGGCCAACAUUGUGCCCGCUCGCUUUCUUUGUGACCAACUUGAAUUACAGUGCAGAAAGGUUUCAUCAUUUAACAUUUAACUCCUAAAUGUAAUUAAUUGACCAUUGCUAUUCUUAAUGUAAAUGUAUGUAUUGUUUUACUGAAUAAAUUGAAUAUUUUAAUCCUCAA